AGGUACCCCGCUAAGACAGGGCUCUUACGCCAUGUGUGACGCAAAUAAACGUAAGAGCCGGGGGUGGGAAUGUCGUCACUACCUACCUGCGAUUGGCUGAGUAGCCCUGGGCGGGACGUGUAGAUCCCUCCGUUGUAGGUGGGUGGGGAGUGGCAGGCCCCGCCUCUGUCCCUCUGACUAACUCCAGCCGGCGUCGCUGCUGCUUGGCCGGCGGAGGGAGAGCGCGGAGCCGGGAAGGAUGCGGCGCCCGCGGCGGCCUGGGGGUCCCGGGGGAUGUGGGGGUCUCCGGCUGCUCCUCUGUCUCCUGCUGCUAAGCAGCCACCCGGGAGGCUGCAGCGCCAUUAGUGCCCACGGUUGUCUGUUUGACCGCAGGCUCUGCUCUCACCUUGAAGUCUGUAUUCAGGAUGGCUUGUUUGGACAGUGCCAGGUGGGAGUGGGGCAGGUCCGGCCCAUUUUGCAAGUUACCUCCCCAGUUCUCCAACGCUUACAAGGUGUGCUCCGACAGCUCAUGUCCCAAGGAUUGUCCUGGCACGAUGACCUCACCCAGUAUGUGAUCUCCCAGGAGAUGGAGCGCAUCCCCCGGCUUCGCCCCCCAGAACCCCAUCCGAGGGACAGAUCUGGCUUGGUGCCCAGGAGACCUGGCCCCACUGGGGAGCGGCUUUCACAGGGCAUCCCCACUGGCUCUGCCCCUGCUGCCCAGCACCUGCUUCCUCGACCUCCAGCAGGCGGGGGUGGAGCUGGGGAAGGCUCCUCCCUGUCCCCUCUGCAGGCUGAGCUACUGCCCCCUCUCCUGGAGCAUCUGCUGUUGCCCCCGCAGUCCCCCCACCCUGCCUUGAGUUAUGAACCCACCCUGCUGCAGCCCUACCUAUUCCACCAGUUUGGCUCCCGUGAUGGCUCUCGGGGCUCAGAGAACCCCCCAGGGAUGGUCAGCAUUGGCCCCCUCCCCAAGGUGAAAACCCCUGCCCUCUUCAGCAGAGCUGCUUCCAAGGGCACGUUUGGGGUUCACCCUGGCCACUCCUAUGGGGACCCUCCAGGGCCUUCACCUGCUCAGCUUUUCCAAGACUCAGGGCUGCUCUACCUGGCCCAGGAGGCUCCAGUGCCCAGCAGAGCCAGGGCGCCAAGGCUUCCAGAGCAAGGGGCCAGCAGCCAGGCAGAGGACUAUGCCUCAGAGGCCUAUGAAGAGGAAGGACCAGGGGGUCGCAGGGAGAAGCCUCCUUUCCCAGCAGUGCAGCCAGAUGUGACUCUGCAAAGACUGGCGGCUGUGCUGGCGGGCUAUGGGGUGGAACUGCAUCAGCUGACCCCCGAGCAGCUCUCCACCCUUUCGACCCUGCUACAGCUGCUGCCCAAAGGCAUAGGAAGAAAUCUGGGUGGGGUUGUAAAUGUUGGAGCUGACAUCAAGAAAACAAUAGAAGAGCAAAUACAGGGUGGAGACACAGCAGAGCCUCUGCCCCCCACGCCCUCCCUGCCUGGACAUCCUACUGCCAGCCCCACCUCCAGUAAAGGCCAACAAGUUCUGAGUUCCCCAGAGCCCCCCAAAGCUGCUAGCCCCCCUGUCACACCUGUCCUGCUGGAGAAGAAAAGUCCACUGGGCCAGAGCCAGCCCACAGUGGUGAGACAGCCCUCGGCUCCACCGUCCGUGGAGGAGUAUGGCUACAUCGUCACUGACCAAAAGCCCCUGAGCCUGGCUGCAGGCGUGAAGCUACUGGAGCUCCUGGCUGAGCAUGUGCACAUGUCUUCAGGCAGCUUCAUCAACAUCAGUGUGGUGGGACCAGCCCUGACCUUCCGCAUCCGGCACAAUGAGCAGAACCUGUCUUUGGCUGAUGUGACCCAGCAAGCCGGGCUGGUGAAGUCGGAACUGGAAGCCCAGACAGGGCUCCGGAUCUUGCAGACGGGAGUGGGACAGAGGGAAGAGGCUGCCGCAGUCCUUCCCCGACCAGCCCGAAGCACCUCUCCCAUGCGUUCGGUGCUGCUUCCUCUGGUGGCCCUGGCAGGUGUGGCUGGGCUGCUGGUGGCUCUGGUGGUGGCUCUGUGUAUGCGGCAGCAUGCGCGGCAGUGGGACAAGGAGCGCCUGGCAGCCCUGGGGCCUGAGGGGGCCCAUGGUGACACCACCUUUGAAUACCAGGACCUCUGCCGCCAGCACAUGGCCACGAAGUCCCUGUUUAACCGGGCAGAGGGUCCGCCAGAGCCCUCGAGAGUGAGCAGCGUGUCCUCCCAGUUCAGCGAUGCGGCCCAGGCCAGCCCCAGCUCCCACAGCAGCACACCGUCCUGGUGCGAGGAGCCCGCCCAGGCCAACAUGGACAUCUCCACGGGGCACAUGAUUCUGGCAUACAUGGAGGACCACCUGCGGAACCGGGACCGCCUGGCCAAGGAGUGGCAGGCCCUGUGUGCAUACCAGGCAGAGCCUAACACCUGUGCCACUGCCCAGGGGGAGGGCAACAUCAAAAAGAACCGCCACCCUGACUUCUUGCCCUAUGACCAUGCCCGCAUCAAGCUGAAGGUGGAGAGCAGCCCUUCUCGGAGCGAUUACAUCAACGCCAGCCCCAUUAUUGAGCAUGACCCUCGGAUGCCAGCCUACAUAGCCACACAGGGCCCGCUGUCCCACACCAUUGCCGACUUCUGGCAGAUGGUGUGGGAGAGUGGCUGCACCGUCAUUGUCAUGCUGACCCCACUGGUGGAGGAUGGCGUCAAGCAGUGUGACCGCUACUGGCCAGAUGAGGGCUCUUCCCUGUAUCACGUAUAUGAGGUGAACUUGGUGUCGGAACACAUCUGGUGUGAGGACUUUUUGGUGCGGAGCUUUUACCUGAAGAACGUGCAGACCCAGGAGACACGCACGCUCACGCAGUUCCACUUCCUCAGCUGGCCGGCAGAGGGCACUCCGGCCUCCACUCGGCCCCUGCUGGACUUCCGCAGGAAGGUGAACAAGUGUUACCGGGGCCGCUCCUGCCCCAUCAUCGUGCACUGCAGUGAUGGUGCAGGGAGAACUGGCACCUACAUCCUGGUCGACAUGGUUCUGAACCGCAUGGCAAAAGGAGUGAAGGAGAUCGACAUCGCUGCCACCCUGGAGCACAUCCGUGACCAGCGGCCCGGCCUUGUCCGAUCCAAGGACCAGUUUGAAUUUGCCCUGACUGCUGUGGCAGAGGAGGUGAAUGCCAUCCUCAAGGCCCUGCCCCAGUGAGCCCCCUCGGCCCUCCGUGGACAGCCCAGCCUCCACCCUCUGUGUCCUGUGAGCAUCUAUCUGUGUACCCACUCUGAUGCCCCCGCCUGCUACCUUGGCCCUCCUGGGCAUGUCUGGCCCUUCCAUGAUGUGUGUAUAAGGAAGGGGAGGCAGGAAGGG